GGCUGCUGCGGGGAUCACAGCGUGCUCAAACCCUGGCAUCCUCUUAGGGUGGGGCGGGGAGGGCCCUGGCUUUUGGAGAGUGGACCCGGAGGAGGACCAGAGCACGGAUAGGACUCUGUAAGGGGACUCGUGAGAGACUAUGGGGAAGGACCAAGAGCUGCUGGAAGCUGCUCGUACUGGCAAUGUGGCUCUGGUGGAGAAACUCCUAUCUGGCAGGAAAGGAGGGAUCCUGGGCGGUGGAUCCGGACCUCUGCCCCUGUCUAAUCUGCUAAGCAUCUGGCGAGGUCCCAAUGUGAACUGCACGGACAGUUCGGGUUACACAGCUUUACACCACGCAGCCUUAAAUGGACAUAAGGACAUAGUUCUCAAGCUCCUUCAGUAUGAGGCAUCGACAAAUGUAGCGGACAACAAAGGCUACUUCCCCAUCCACCUGGCUGCCUGGAGAGGAGACGUGGAGAUCGUGAAGCUCCUCAUUCAUCACGGACCUUCCCAUUCCAGAGUCAAUGAACAGAACAAUGAGAACGAAACCGCCCUGCACUGUGCCGCUCAGUAUGGACACUCGGAAGUAGUUGCUGUUCUCCUGGAAGAGCUCACGGACCCCACGAUUAGGAACAGCAAGCUUGAGACCCCGUUGGACUUGGCGGCCCUCUACGGACGGCUGAGAGUGGUGAAGAUGAUCAUAACCGCACACCCAAACCUGAUGAGCUGUAACACCCGGAAGCACACGCCGCUUCACCUCGCUGCCCGUAAUGGUCACAAGGCGGUGGUCCAGGUGCUGCUGGAGGCAGGAAUGGAUGUGAGCUGUCAAACAGAAAAGGGGAGCGCUCUCCACGAAGCGGCUUUGUUUGGGAAGGUGGACGUGGUGCGAGUCCUGUUAGAAACAGGAAUUGAUGCCAACAUCAAGGACAGUUUAGGUAGAACUGUCUUAGACAUUCUGAAAGAGCAUCCGUCCCAGAAAUCUCUCCAGAUCGCCACGCUCUUGCAAGACUAUUCAGAAGGCGCGGGAAGGUCAGCCGUCCUGGGAGAGCAUGCUCAGGAAGAUGUGCCUCAAGAGACACACCUUUCGUCUCCCGCCGAGUCUCCUUCCCAAAAGAGUAAAAGUGAAACUGUCACCGGGGAACUCACAAAACUCCUAGAUGAAAUAAAACUCUGUCAGGAGAAGGAUUAUUCCUUCGAAGAUUUGUGCCAUACGAUUUCAGACCACUACUUAGAUAAUUUGAGCAAGAUUUCAGAGGAAGAACUUGGGAAAAAUGGAAGCCAGAGUGUAAGAACUUCAUCUACAAUAAAUUUGUCACCAGGAGAAGUGGAAGAAGAGGAGGAGGAUCCAAACACUUGUGGGCCCACAGGACUUUGGGAAGCACUAACUCCUUGUAACGGAUGUAGGAACCUUGGCUUUCCCAUGCUUGCACAGGAGUCUUAUCCAAAGAAGAGGAAUCACACCAUGGAAAUGGUGCCAUCGGCCUCCCAGGACACAUUUCCUUCGGAAAGUGAGAACUUUCUCUGUGAUCUCAUGGACACAGCCGUUACAAAGAAACCUUGCUCCCUAGAAAUCGCAAGGGCACCUUCUCCAAGAACUGAUAAUGCCUCUGAGGUAGCAAUCACUGCUCCAGGAACUGGUCACCACAGAAGCAGCUCUACAGGCCCAACACCUGACUGCUCACCUCCAUCACCCGACACUGCCCUGAAAAACAUCGUAAAAGUUAUCCGACCGCAGCCGAAACAACGAACAUCUAUUGUGUCUUCUCUGGAUUUCCAGCGAAUGAAUCAUAACCAAGAAUACUUUGAAAUCAGCACAUCUACAGGGUGCGCCAGCUUUCCUUCCAGUCCUCCAGUUAGUCCGCCCACCUCUUCCGUCGGAACCACAGAAGUCAAGAACGAGGGAGCUGAGAACACAGAUGACCUCUCUCAACGGGAAGACGACGAUCCGCCAAAAGAAUAUGAUGCCGGGCAGUUCGCAGGCCUUCUCCAUGGAUCCUCUCCAGCCUGUGAGUCCCCUGAAAACCCUUUCCAUCUGUAUGGGAAAAGAAAUCCGUGCGAAGAUGGACAAAAUGAAGCCAGUUUGGCAAGCAGUCCUCUGCCUUUCAAACCGACUCCAGUAGAAAGUAACUCAGAGCCGGUGGUAAAGAAGAUUAAACCCAAAGUGGUCAGUAGAACAAUUUUCCACAAAAGAAGCCACCAACUCGAGAACCAUACCAUCGUUGGAACAAGAACGUCUAGGAGCGGAUCCCGCAGCGGUGACCAGUGGGGUGUGAAUACAGGGGGCUUUGUGGAGAGAGCAUGCACUCUGGGGAGAAUACGGUCGCUGCCUAAAGCCCUGAUCGACAUGCACUUAUCCAAAAAUGUCUCUAAGUCCGAUUCUGAUCUUAUUGCCUACCCUUCCAAGGACAAAGCAAGGGUUAACUGGAGCGAGUCGCCUACAGCUGAACGCAGUUCUAAAGAUAAUUGCGAAAGGACACCUUCGUUCACGUCCGAAUGGGAAGAAAUAGACAAAAUAAUGAAUUCUAUUGAUGUUGGAAUCACAACAGUCAACAGUGAACUUGAAGAGAUGAAUGGACCCAGAUGCCCCGUCCAAACAGUGGGACAAUGGCUGGAAAGCAUCGGGCUCCCUCAGUACGAGAACCACCUGAUGGCUAAUGGAUUUGACAGUGUACAGUUUAUGGGAAGCAAUGUUAUGGAAGAUCAGGAUUUGUUGGAAAUUGGUAUCCUUAAUUCUGGACACAGACAGAGAAUCCUACAGGCGAUCCAGCUCCUUCCAAAGAUGAGACCCAUUGGUCAUGAUGGCUACCAUCCCACCUCUGUCGCUGAGUGGCUGGAUUCCAUCGAGCUGGGGGACUACACCAAAGCCUUUCUCAUCAAUGGAUACACGUCGAUGGACCUGUUGAAAAAAAUCUGGGAGGUUGAACUCAUCAAUGUUUUAAAGAUCAGUUUGAUUGGCCACAGGAAACGCAUUUUGGCAUCUCUGGGAGACAGACUGCAUGAGGAGCCGCCACAGAAGCCCCCUCGAUCCAUCACCCUCAGGGAAGCCAGUGGUAACCACACUCCUCCUCAGUUGUCUCCAUCACUUAGCCAAAGCACUUACACUACUGGUGGCUCCCUAGACGUCCCUCACAUUAUCAUGCAGGGCGAUGCAAGGCGGAGAAGAAACGAAAACUACUUCGAUGAUAUCCCCCGGUCAAAGCUGGAGAGGCAGAUGGCUCAGUCGUCUGUCUGUGAAAUAUGGACGAAUCAGAACGCUGGAUUUCCUUUCUCAGCGAUCCAUCAGGUCCAUAAUACAGGGGACUGGGGAGAACCUUCCAUCACCUUGCGACCUCCAAAUGAAGCCACAGCCUCAACUCCGGUCCAGUACUGGCAGCAUCAUCCAGAAAAGCUCAUCUUCCAGUCAUGUGACUACAAAGCUUUUUAUUUAGGUUCUAUGCUGAUAAAAGAACUUAGAGGGACAGAGUCAACCCAAGAUGCCUGCGCAAAGAUGCGGGCCAACUGUCAGAAGUCUACAGAGCAAAUGAAGAAAGUUCCCACUAUUAUUCUUUCAGUCUCAUAUAAAGGAGUCAAGUUUAUUGAUGCAACAAAUAAGAAUAUAAUUGCUGAGCAUGAAAUUCGUAACAUCUCCUGCGCCGCCCAGGACCCAGAAGACCUCUCAACGUUCGCUUAUAUCACGAAAGAUUUGAAGUCCAACCACCACUACUGUCACGUGUUCACUGCCUUCGAUGUGAAUUUAGCCUAUGAAAUCAUCCUAACCCUGGGACAGGCAUUUGAGGUCGCUUACCAGCUAGCCCUACAAGCAAGAAAGGGGGGACAUUCUUCCACGCUUCCGGAAAGCUUUGAAAACAAGCCCUCCAAACCCAUCCCCAAACCCCGCGUUAGCAUCCGCAAGUCAGUGCAGAUGGACCCUUCUGAGCAAAAGACUCUGGCCAAUCUGCCGUGGAUUGUGGAGCCGGGGCAAGAAGCCAAGAGGGCCAUUAAUACCAAGUAUGAAACCACGAUUUUCUGAUACUCGCCGCCCCGUCCUCGCGGUGCCUUGCUCGCCAAGCAGUCCCCGCAGCAGGCUUUCCUUCGCGCCUCCGUGUCCACCCGCCUGGGAGGAAGACUGCUCAGCUCGCGUGGCCUCGUCACGGGCGGAAAGGCCGCCGGCCAUCCCUAGGGAGCUUUCUGCCAGCGAGACUUUGUCGCCCCUAGAGGCGCGGGGCUUGGGGGAGCUGCGCGGGGCACCCCAACUCCGCUACCACCGCCUCCGAGGUACUGUUCGACUGCCCCGUACUUGCUUUGCUUUAGUUGGGGAGAAAAUCUUUUUAAAAGUGAUGGAGGGGGUCUCCAGUACUGCCUAAAAGUCUACAAACAUCUUGGGGUUUAAGUUUUCACCGUCAGCCGUUUUGAAGGGAAAGUCAGGACAGUACUAGCGCCCCCCCAAAAGCAUCUGUAAAAUCAUUGUUAUCACCGAGUGCAGUCUCAUGCAAAAAGACAAAGCAACCCUCACGAUUGCCAGGAAAUUCCGUCUCCCGAUUUCUAUAUUUGUGGAUUUUAUAUGUAAUCGACUGUCAGAUAAAGGAAACCUUUAUUGAAUGAUUCAAAAAUUUAAAAGUGAUUUAAAACAGAGGAAUUUAUUAUGCACAGAAAAAAUGUGUCUUGUAUUAAAUAUUUUUAUUAAAAGAAUGUUUCAUUAAUGCAUUCAUAAGAACACUGCGCUUGCGUGCGGGAUGUUUCUGGUUUCAAGUGACUCCGUCUCUACUGCACGAGGACCGGCUCAGUUGUGACAACCUCUGACACCGUCCCCAAGGCAGGAGAUCGGGCUCGCGCCCACUCGGGAAGACCCGAAGUGCUGACGCAGCCAUAGCCCGCACGAGUGGUUUUUAGGAUUUUUUUUUUAACCUUCUAAGUGUUUUAAAGAACAUGUUUAACAAAAAUAUAUAAUCUAGGGCUCCUGUCAAGAUUUCUGUCAUGGAAACCUUGUUUGAGAAUGGUGUUAAUAAAAUUCUAUUGCAAAUUUUUUUCUAGAAAAAAAAUAAAUAACACAAAAAAAGAAGAAAUUCCAAAGUAAUAAAGACUUUUCUUGAAAAAGAUUAAAAAAUGUUUGCUUACUAUUUGAUUAAAUAAAUUUACUUACGUUUCUUUAAGGCAUUUUAAUUUUUUUAAUGUCUCUGUGGAGUAUUUGUAUGAUAUCAUAAUGUAUAUUUCUGUAGAAUCAAAUUAUAUAAACAGUACCAAUAUCAUUAUAGAAAAAUAACAUUUUAAUGUAUAUUGUUCUAACUGAUCAUAUUGUGACUCAUUUUGAAGUUCAUUAUAGCGAUAUUGAUAAAUUGUGAACUUGUCUUAAUGUUUUUUUAUUAACCAAUAUUAUUUUAAACCUGAGAUUAUCACAUUCAUCAGUUGGUGAGUUUUAAAAAAAAAAAAACACUAAAUUUCAUUUCCACUGACAAAUGUAUAUGGUUUUAGUUCAGUGUCGGAGAAUUUUAAUACAAUAUUAAAUUACUUGAACUGAAUAGUUCCUUGUAUAUAUUUUGCCUAUUCACUGUUGAUAUGUAUGUAGUAAACCGAGAGGAAAAUAACACUAAAAUAUGCUACCAAAAGGAACUUGUAUAGGAGCGAAGCAGCCUGUGGCUUUGCCGAAACACAUGCGUGUGUGUAAAUAAGCUUGGGCUUCCAGUUAUAAAUUUUGUAAUUUUUGUCAUUAUUUAUAUCCUAUUUUAAAAAAAAAAAGCACACAAAAUAAAACAGAAGUACAGUGACUGGUGCUUGGCAUCAUUCCGUGAGCACCCCCACAACAUACUCCCACUGAGGAGGGGGGCCAAAGGCCCCGCCCUCUGAGCAGCCACAGAUAAAGAUUUUUCUAUUUUUUUUUUUUUUUUACAAUUGGCAACAUCACUGAGAAAAACUUGCUCAUUUCCAAGUUCACAAGUCUGAAAAAGAAACACUAUCUUCUGGAGCUUGAAUUUCAGCCAUAAGCCAACACUUCCAAGUGGCAGAUAAGGGGGGAUUGGUUAAGACAGAGGGGACUCCCCCGCCCCGAGAAUGGACUGCUUAUAUAGCACAACGUAGGUGGCUUGCCGGGAAAGUAUCCACUAUACACCCUAUACAUCCUGAACAUCCACUAGAAACCUUUGCCCUGCUAUAAAGUGGGUGAGGAGCCAAUCAGAGUCACGCUGAUCCUAAAGUCAGUAAUCACCACACUGCGUGUCCUCUGACCUUCAGGUCACCCACUGCCCAGCCCAGGACUGCUACCCUUGGAAACCCAAAGCAGUCUUAGGGUGUUCUCUGCCUGUCAUGCAGACGCCUGGAGCUUUGAACCCAAGAGAGCUAAACUAGGGAAAGCCGGGCUGAAAGGGACCCUGGGACACGUCUCUCCUGAAGGAGGCUUCCACUGAGCUAGUUUGCUCCUUUAUGACCUUGUCUUUUCUCCAGUCCUCUUACAGACCAUGUCUGUUCAUCACAUGUGUCUUUGUGACCAUGGUGGUUCCAGCAUGAAGUACAUGGCACGCUCCUGUCGGGAGGAAUUCAAAGAUACGGCUUGCACAGCGGUGUGAUGGGAUAGUCUCCUUGUGCUGGUGCUACUUGAAGGGGCAAUAAGGACAGGGAAAGCUUUGUGGCAGGGUUAGCACCUCCAGACCGGGGGGACACACAGUUGUGGUGACCCUCAGGAAGGAAGGCAGGGGUGACCCUGAUCCCCCUGUCCAUUCUUCACCCCUCCACUUGCAUGACACAAACCCAAUGAAGGUCGGGGCCCAAGAGCAGCCCGUGACCAGGGCAGGGCAGGGCAUGAAAGGGGAAUUGCCUGGGGCAGAAAAGCCAGCUCAGGCAUGGGAUAUAGGAUGUGUAGCUGGUUUUAUUUAAGGAAAACCUGAUAUUUGAUAAAUUCAGUAACCAGAAGGUAAAAGUGACAGCCCUUAGAUGCUAACAUUAAUCAAAAGAGAACUUAAAUGCUCCCUUUACAGAAGGACUUGAAUUCAAUUGAUCCAUUUAAUGUUUUUCUUAUUAAAUGGUGUUCUGUAAUAAAUCUGAAUGACUGAACCAUAUGAAAAUUAUGCUCGGCCUGUUAAUAAAUGAUGAAAGUGGUUCUCCUCAAGCUGGCCUGCUUGGGAAUGCCGCCAGCCUCUCUGAUGUUUGGAUAAGAUGGAAUAAAAGUUCAAGCUCAAAGGGUGUGUGGCUACACUUGAAAAUCAGUGAAAGUUUGCACUUGGACCCCAAGUGAUGUUACUCUUAUUCCUAAAGAGAACUGAGAAUCUGUGGAGUCGUCUGGCUUCCAGUGAGCUGGGAUGUAAUGUCUGUGUUCAGAACUAUGUAUGAAUAAAGCCUCUUUACUGACAUUA